ACUGCAAGACAAAAAUUACCGAGGUUUGAGUGGCUCCAUGCGCUAGUAACACCACGUGUUUAUUUGCUAAUGCAUGACACUUCAGAGGCUCGAACACGACUUGCAGCGGAAUACUAAGCUGAAACACGCCAAUCUGCUACCUUUGUUGGGUAUAACUCAAGGAUUUGGUCCACUGCCUGCUAUCGUCUCCCCAUGGAUGAACAAAGGCUCACUUACCAUGCUUCUGGAACGUGAUUUCCAACAACUCACUCUCGCGCGAAUGCUCCAAAUCCUCAAAGAUGUCGCUUCAGCUCUUCAGUACUUACACUCCGAAAACAUAGUCCACGGUGAUCUCACCGGCAACAACAUUCUCAUCGAUGAGAACGGCAAAGCCUUCGUGGCUGAUCACGGAAUUCUCAUCUUUUGUGCCGAGCUCCAUGGCACGUCAUACAUCAGAAGCAAUGUGCGAUGGGCUGCACCUGAAAACUUUCAAGUUCCGGAAGAUGAGGAGUCAAUAAGCUUACCCCAAUUGGCAUCAGACAUCUAUUCUUUUGGGUGCAUCAUGUUGCAGGUCUUCACAGGAAAGGUUCCGUAUUCCGAAUUUCGGAGUGACCAUCAAGUUACUGUACAAAUACUCAGAGGCCGAAAGCCUGCCCGACCAGUGACUCCAUCCAUCGCCGAUGCUAUAUGGGAUUUCAUGCAGAAGUGCUGGCUUGAUAAACUGGAACAAAGGCCUUCAGCCAACGAAGUACUGACAUUUAUACAGGGACAGCUAGAGGAAAGCUCCUGCUCUCAUGCGACUUGUGAUGCCACGGCAGUCUCCUAGCUUUGUAUGUUAUAUGCUGUCUUAUUCUCUGUCCAUCAUAUUCGCGGGAUUCCAUACCUUGAUAUCUCUCACACCUGCGAUUUAGGCCUACAGCUAUCAUGUUAACAUGCUCACAGAUGUCCUCGACAUCGCAGACCAGCUAUUUUUCACAACGAAUAUAGAAUAGUAAUACACGAUAUGCUGCACCAACUUUGACUGAUGCACAUUAGUAUUUAGUCCUACUAGGGUACAUACUAGUACUUAGUCAUUAUGAGCGCUGUCUGCACUGCUGCCAGACACCUAUGGUUCCUGAUUACAACAUGAUUACUCAAAUUAGC